AUAUAUUAACCAGAUGAAGGUAGAAAGUAAGACACCGAGAGCCAGUGAGUGAGAAGAAGCAAGGGUCCAAGUUUAUUUGUUCCAUGAGAUCCACACAGUUGAGACAUUCCAAGGGUGAUCUAAAAAACCAGAUCUUAAGCUCUCCUUUUUAUACAGUUUUCUUAGGGUCAGGCUGACCCAGACACCAUUACGUACGUUAAUUAGCAUUUUUGAGUGACCUUGAUCCCACUGUGUUCGCUUUUCCCAGAGUCCCUUAUCUCGCGGCCCUCGCCGUUCCCAGAGCCCCUUAUCUCGCAGGUGCAGCUCGGCUCCAAUAGCCUUAUAUUUUGUUUUGUUUCACUCUUUAAAAAAAACUCUGACCUUAGUCUGUGUCACUCCUGACUGGAUUUUCGUUGAGAAAGGAUUCUCCACACCUUCAAACACACCAUCUCUACAUUAUGAGUGAAUGUCAGUUUUUCUUAUCUCCUUUACUGGAGGGGCUGGAUUUGGAUCUGAACACUCGCUAUCAGCUUGUGCAUCUCACUGCCGACAUCACUAUUCUGAUCAAAGUUCUUCGCACCCCCUCUGGGAAUGCAGGGUUCCCCCCCACCUCUCAGAUAUAGAAUCCACCCAGAAAAUGUGUGGGUGGAUGCCUCUACACAGACUUCAAUUUCAGUCCAUAGAGGCCACUAAGUCCCCUGUCACAACUGGACUACAGCAACUCGCUCUUGGCAGGUGUGCACCUGUGUGCCAUCCAACCUCUGCAACUGAUCUAGAAGGCAGCUGUUAGACUUGUUUUCAGUCUCACUUAUCUGUAGGUACUUACCACACCCUGCUCUGCACCACAUUCUUUUUAAGCUGCUAGCAUGGCUUGACUAGACUCACCAUUCCUCAGGGAAAAAGAAAUACAUGCAUCAAGAGUUUUCUCUGUGUUGGAACCAAGGUGCAUCAUCAAAAACUGGCACAAAAGCUGUUUUUGAUAGAGCCUGCAAAGUACUUCUGUACUUCUGUCUCUCUAGAUCAGAGCAUCCCCUAUAUAACGCAAAUGUAACUCAAUGGUGUGUACCUCAUCAACUGCAUCUUGUUUUCAAAACACUACCUGCUAGUUAGUGGCAAGUCCACAUCUGCACAAAGGUUUGUGUGAAGGCCAGUGUGGCCAUGGGUGGUAUCUCUCUGGGGGGCUGUAUUACAACCUUUCUGAAAGGAGCAAAGCACCUCCAUCUGCAACAAGUUCCCAAAAACCAAGUGUGGGAUUUCUACUUGACUCCCUUAAGAUACUGAACUGAAAUGUUCAUCAAUAAAAACUGCUUAUAACUAGUGAUCACUUCCAUAAAAAGACGGGGAGAAAUGCAUGCAUUAGUGAUAAGCUCAUCAUGUAGUGGUAUCUCAGUAAUUAAGAUGUUGGACUAUUGAUAGGAAGGUUGUUAGUUCAAAUCCUAGCACUGUCAAUCUGCCACUGCUGGGCUCUUGAGCAAGGCCCUUAACCCUAAACUGCUCAGUUGUAUAAAUGAGAUAAAUGGAUGUUGCUCUGGAUAAGGACAUUGCCAAAUGCAGUGAGUACCCAGAUGACUCUGUAUUGACCUUGUGAUCAAACUCUAGGUUUCUGACAAAGGUCACAUUAUCGAUUGACCAUGCAGUGUUACAUGGACAGUGCACCUCCAACAAUGAUACUUAGAUAAACAAUUAAUCUGAGAAUCAGAUGGCCCACAUGUUUCAAAACAUCACCUAUAGCAAAACCUGCUUAAUUAUACCAAACAACAUUCAAGUAGAACAUACAGCAUGCUUUAUUAUAUGAUUAGAUAUUAUAGUAUUAUAUUUACUUCAAACAAAUACAUCCAUAUGCAAAAUACAUUAAAAAAAAAAAAAAAAACUUCUCCAUUCUAUGAUCCCAAACACAGACUUGUACAAUAUCCUCAUCAUAUUACUUGUUGUUUGUUUUUUCGCUUUUGUUCUUUACUGCAGGCCACUGUGUCAAAGCUCCAAGGAUACCUCACAAACCCACAAUCCAAUGUAACCAAGCAUCAACAACUGUGAUUUGAAAAACAUUUGACCUGUGGGAUAAUGUUAACAUGCAGAAAUCUAAAUAUUUAAGUCUCUGGGUAGAUAAACGCGUGGUGAAAAUGAACACCCUCACCUCAGAUGUGUUCAGUUUGUGGAUGUCAUGAUGCUGUGGCACCUUCACUGAAUUAGUUGUCAUCAUACUUAGUCUUAUCAGUUUGUUGUAGGUAAGAAAGCAUAUUUGCAGUAAAACAAAAAUAAUUUCCAAUGUUAAAUGUCUCAACUAGUAUUUUUUAUGUUGUUUCUUCCAGGUCUUGAAGUUAUAAUGGGGGCAGACACAUAUCUUAAUAAUUCAAAUUUAACACGUUUUAUGACUAUUCUGACCAUGGAAUCAUUGGACAUACCUCCAUCCAGUGCUUCAUCAAUAUUCGUUUUUGGCAUCAUCACAUACUGUUUAAUUUUGUUCUUCCAGUCCAUGCUACUUGUGACUAUUGUUGUAAAAAGGGAUCUGCAUAAACCAAUGUACAUACUGCUGUUUAAUUUGUCUCUAUGUGACCUUAUGGGAGCUACAGCUUUUUUCCCACAAAUGGUUUGCAGUAUACUGUCUCAGAGCAGAGAAAUAUCCUACCCUGUCUGUGUGUUACAAGGCAUCCUAAUUCACCUUUAUGGAGGUGGAUCAGUCUUAUUUCUCACUGUUAUGGCAUAUGACAGAUAUAUUGCCAUUUGUAAGCCUUUGAGAUACCACAAUCUGAUGACACAAGGUACCUUGGUGAAACUUAUUUUUAUGGUCUGGUCCAUAGAUGUUGUUAUAAUUGGGUCUACAUUUAUACUCACGAUAAGCAAAGAAAUUUGCAGGACAAAUAUAGUGGACAUGUACUGCAAUAAUCCUUCUUUAAUGAAGUUAAGCUGUGAGGAUACAAGAGUGGUUAACAAUUAUGGCUUGUUUACUAUAGCUCUUAUACAAGGCUCUUCCAUACUGAUAGUGUCAUUAUCAUAUAUCAAAAUCCUAAUUACCUGUCUUUCUACAAAACAGGCAAAAUCUAUAAGUAAGGCAAUGCAAACCUGUGGGACGCAUUUAAUUGUUUUUCUGAGUCUGGAGAUCAACACACUCUUUGCACUGAUUUCACACAGGUUAGAUGCAGUAUCUCCACACUUAAGAAGGGCCUUUGGUGUUUCAGUUGUUAUCUUUCCUCCAAUUCUUAACCCUCUAAUUUACGGGUUGAAAACAAGGGAAAUUCGACAAGCAGUGUUUACAUUUUUACAAAGAAAGAUUUCUUCUAUCUAACAGAAAACUAAAUGCAAAUACAAAGUCUUUCGCAAUGUACCAAAUACAUUAAGUUUAAAAUAAAUAAAUAAAUAAAUAAAUAACUAGGCUUGUCCUUUGCACUAAAUUAAAAUGACUUCUGAAAUUAUUCACUGAAAUAGAAUUGAAAUAUAUGAAUAUUUUGAAAUUGUAUUUCUGAUAUUCAAAAACAUUUUAUUUUACGAUCAAAUAAUAAAAAGCGUAUAUUAAACAUACAAUAGGAUAAGCAUGCUGAUGAGCUGUUAGAGGACCUUAUAUUUAUUUUGCUGUCAUAAAAACUAAAUAAUGUAUAAUUAACCUAAAUAAUACUUUGAUGUUAUGCAUAUAAGUUUUAUAGUCAAAGUCUAAUUCAACUUUAA